CGCGGUAUGUCUUCCUGCCCACGCGCAACAUGUUUGGAAUCGCAAAGCGCUGAGUGCGCUUGGGCGACCGAAGAAGAUGCCCGUAGCCAACUACAGGCGUGUCUAGCGUUGUUGGAAGAGAAAGAACGCGGUAGGAUAAGACAAGAUUUGUUUGCUGUCAACUAACGUCCAUCUUGAUCAGUUUUUCUGCACGCUGCAGAUUUAACAAUUGCUGCUCAAGUUGGCCAGCACCUUUUACAAGCCAAUACUGAGCUAAAGGAAAGCUAUGAAGCCGUUGUGAGCAGAUUAUGUAGUCAGUGUUCUGCGGCCUCCGCCGUGCCGCAUCCACCCGUUUUCUCGUCGCCAGCCAAAGCAUUCAACAAAGUCUAUUAUACCCCACGCAAGCCAAAGUUUGCUGAUUGCGCAAGUGCAGCCGAGGAGGCGACAGCACAUAGCCGACUUGAAUCACCGGAGCGACGAAAAACAGUUGGAUACCCGGACUUUUGGUCACCUUCUCGCCAGUCAAGCAAGUCGGUCAAUACACCCAUAUCACGCAGAUCGCCAUCACCGUUACCGAGAACAAACAGGAGAUGUUUUUCUGCCUCAAAAGUAUCUACUCCACGCCUCACGAGCCCAAGCAGUAGCAUUAGCAUUGAUGUAUCAGAAUACAUCGAAUCUUUAGAACGAAGCAAUGCGGAGCUUCAGGCUCAAGUUACUUCCCUUCUCAGCCAGGUUAAAAUUGCCAAACAAAAUCGGGAAAAGGAGAGUAAUGCUCAUGCUGCUCAAAUGGAAGACAUCAGAAAUGAACUAUUUUUGCUGUGCGAGGAAGUGGAUUCUUUAAGAGCUGAGAAGAAACGGCUAAGACUUCAAUGGCUAGAGGAUAAAAAGGAGAAGUUUUCGGUGGAGAUGGAAGAACGAGAAAUACUAGAUUCCUUAUUAUUGCGGGUUCAGGAGGCGGAGGAGGAGAAGGCGAGGGAGGCAACUGCAAGACAGAAAGUCGAGGGGCGGCUUCAAGCCGCCUCGAAGGAAUUGCGUCAAUUGCAGGCGAAAGUAGCUCAGCUAGAAGAAAAAGCUGAAGAUGGUGUGAUCUGUCGAGACAUUUGCAACCAGCAGGAAGUUCUCGUCGAACAGUUGAAAGCGCAACUAGAGGAGAUACGAGUGAACUAUGCAACGGUAUUAGGGGAGAUGGCCGGGAAGCUCACUCCCACAAGAGCUGGCCAAAGUGCCGGUGGCGGAAAGCGGUGCCGCACUUACGAAAAAUUGGUACCUCCAGUCAACCCAUUUAAAGAGCUUUUAUUGCCGAGUACGGUAAAGUCUCAUGAUGUCCAUCCUAAACCUUCGGAAUUGACAUCAGCGCACGACCGGAUUUAUGAUCAAGUUGAUGAAAUGAUGCGUACGGACGUAGAGAAUGGCAGCCCUCGUCCCAAAAAACAUCCAAAGAACCGUAUCAAGGACAAUUGCGGGCUGGUGCAGCCAGGGAAACCACUUAAACUGUACCUCAGCGAGAUUGAGUCGGAUCAUUCAAGUGGCAUGGGAGACGAUGAAAUUGCUACAUAUUUUACGCUCCCCCAACCGUCAGCUGUAAAACCACCGGAGAUGCAUCAUCCUGGGAAUGAUGCGAACACACUGGUUGAAACACCUCGGAAUAGGGACAACUUGGACAUUGCCUCCAGAGUCCAAGGCAUAGCGCCAUCCAACGGUGGUAGCAUUCUACUAAACUUCGUAUGGAGAUUUUUGAGAAAGGUGGUCAUUGGCAUGUAAAAAUACAACACACCCGCCCAAUGUCUA